AAGAGGCGGCCAUAAGAGGCAGCUACAAGAGGCGGCCAUAAAAGGCGGCCAUAAGAGGCAGCGCUCGGUGCGGCGCGUCCCGACCCUCCCGCAGCGCAGCCCACUCUCUCCCCCCGCCGCUCCAUCAUCACGGCGCCAUGCCGCGCUGCGCAGCCGGACCCCUGUCACGUGACACCCCCCUUCGCCAGGUCAGCACCGGGACCUUCCCGCAGCGAGUGAAGGUGGUGGAGGUGGGACCGCGCGACGGGCUGCAGAACGAGCAGAGCGUCGUGCCCACGGCCGUGAAGAUCCGCCUGAUCGACAUGUUGUCGGACACGGGGCUGCCCGUCAUCGAGGCCACCAGCUUCGUGUCCCCGCGCUGGGUGCCGCAGAUGGCCGACCACACUGAAGUCAUGCAAGGAAUCAAUAAGUUGCCUGGUGUGAGUUACCCAGUGCUGACCCCCAACUUGAAAGGAUUCCAGGCAGCGGUGGCAGCAGGAGCCAAAGAAGUGUCCAUCUUUGGAGCAGCAUCUGAGCUCUUCACAAAGAAGAACAUUAACUGCUCCAUAGAGGAGAGUUUGGAGAGAUUCAGUGAAGUAAUGAACGCUGCGAGAGCGGCCAGUAUCCCCGUCCGUGGAUAUGUUUCAUGCGUCCUUGGAUGUCCCUAUGAGGGGAAGAUUUCUGCAGCUAAAGUUGCAGAGGUCUCAAAGAAGAUGUACUCGAUGGGAUGCUAUGAAAUCUCCCUUGGGGACACCAUUGGCAUUGGGACCCCAGGGAGCAUGAAGGAGAUGCUGACAGCCGUCAUGAAGGAGGUGCCAGUGGGGGCUCUUGCUGUUCACUGCCAUGAUACCUACGGGCAAGCACUUGCCAACAUCUUGGUGGCACUUCAGAUGGGUGUGAGUGUGGUUGAUGCUUCUGUUGCUGGCCUUGGGGGCUGCCCAUACGCCCAGGGAGCAUCAGGAAACGUCGCUACAGAGGACCUAGUGUACAUGCUGAAUGGCCUGGGCAUCCACACGGGUGUGGACCUGCAGAAGCUGAUGGACACCGGCACCUUUAUUUGCAAUGCUCUGAACAGAAAAACCAAUUCCAAAGUGUCCCAGGCCACGUGCAGGCUGUGAUGUACUAACCAGGGUUUGGUCACGGACAUUGAACCUGUUGUGCCUGCUCCCUCCAUGGUGCUGCCUCUGGGGCUUCUCCUGGGCCCAGAGCGGGAGAGGAAGCGUGAAACCCGAUGGAAUCUGAAGGAAUGAAAGACGGGAAUGUUUUCCUGAGCUCUGUGAGGGCGCGGAGAGGAGGCGGCUGCUCUGCAGCUGUGGGUGGUGGGUCCAGCAUCAGAGCUGCCAUUGUGAUUCGGGUACCACGAGGAGCCGUUGUGCUUCUCCGUGGUGCUCAGCACUAUGAGAACCUUCAGUAUCUGUUGUAAGAUACUUCUAAGUGCUCAGUAAUAGACGCAUCGUUUGAUCUGAACUAAUAAAGGCGUUUAAUGAUC